AUGAUGCUGAGCCCAGACCAAGCAGUGGACUCGGAUCACCCGUCGUCAGCGCCGUCCGACCCGGAGUCUCUGGAGGCCAAGGGGCUGCGGAGUUGCUGCGCCUCCGACUUGGAGGCGCCGAACGGCGAGGGCGCAGGAGGAGGUCGCUCGGCGGCCCAUCCGCCGCAGCCGCUGAGCCGUGAGGAGAAGCGGCGGCGCCGUCGAGCCACGGCCAAGUAUCGGUCGGCCCACGCCACGCGGGAGCGCAUCCGCGUGGAGGCUUUCAAUUUGGCCUUUGCCGAGCUGCGCAAGCUGCUGCCCACGCUGCCCCCGGACAAGAAGCUCUCCAAGAUCGAGAUCCUGCGUUUGGCCAUCUGCUACAUAUCCUAUCUCAACCAUGUCCUAGACGUGUAG